UCCUCAGAGCUCAUCAAAUUAAAACCAAAACACACUCUUCUCUCUCAGUUCUUUAGAAAUUAAUUAAGGCACUAGACAAGAAAUUAAAAAUUUCCAGAAGGCCGUUACCUUUCUGGUUCAUUGCCCAGAAAUAUCAGAGAUGGCUGGGAGCGGGAAGUCAAGCUCAAUUGUGAGUGCAUUUUCAACAUUGCUGCUGGAAGCGUGGGAGAAAUGGGAUGUGAGGGGAAUGGUUCUUCUUAGUCUUACCUUACAAAUUGUCCUCUCUGUCUUAGGUAAGAUUAGGAAAUACAAAAUUAAUCCUUUCUUCAAAACCAUUCUAUGGUUAUCCUUCUUAGGAGCCGACUGGAUUGCCCUUGCUACUCUGGGCAAGCUUUCUGGUUCCUAUACAGAAUCUCCAGCCACCAACGCCUUAAGAGCAAACUGGGCUCCUUUACUCUUGCUACAUCUUGGUGGCCCUGACACCAUCACAGCUUAUUCCUUCGAAGACAACAAGCUUUGGAUUAGGCACCUCUUCAUCCUUCUUGUCAAAGUCAUUUUUGUCAUUUAUGUCAUUUGUUUGACGUGGACCUUUACUUGGCUCUCGUUUUUGAGUUUCCCUCUGAUCUUAGCUGGAAUUACUAAAUAUGUAGAGAAGAUAUUGUGUCUCAAGCUGAAUAACUCACAGAAAACAAAAUCAGUCAUUUCUAGUAUCUUUAAUUUUCAAAGUCGCUCCCAUUUCAAUUGGAAUCAAACCCUUAAUCACCUUCCGAUGGAAAACCCAGCUGUGUUGGUAGGUUAUCUAUUGUUUACAAUUAUGAGACCUGAUGUCAAUGAUUACCUCUCUUCCCAUAGUACUGUUUCGUAUACUAAACUAAGGAUAAAAACUUAUGUCGAGGAAACUACAGAAUUUAUAUUUGAUGUUGUUUACACCAAAGUUGUUCUGAUUUACACCAAGUUAGGAUGCUUGUUGCGCCUCACCAGUUUCGCAAGCUCCCUUUCAGUUCUACUGCUCUUCUUUAUCAGCAUCAUUAAUGAGCCAAAAUUCCAUUUCUCAAGAGUUGAUCUUGUCAUAACGGGCGUCUUAUUGGCUGGAACUAUUACACUGGAACUUUAUGCAGCAUGGGUGAUGCUUUCUUCUGAUUGGGCAAUUCUUGUUGCGGAAUUUCAUCAUAAUUUGUUGGUACGCAAAAUGUUUAAGGCCACUUUGAAGUGUUUCUCUCACUUAUUGCGUCCAAGUAAAAGAUGGUCAGAACACAUUGGUCAAUUUGAUCUGUUAGAAUAUUGUUGGCUUUACAAGAAAAAGAAGGUGAACUGCAUUCUACGAAAUAUCACCAGUGACGGUUAUAUUAUUGAAAUGUGGCACAAAUACAGCAUCAUAGUAUGGCAUAUUGCCACAAGUGUUUGCUACUUACAAAAGGAUCAUGAUGAUGAUGAAGCCAAUGUUUGCCACUUAGCCGUGAAAAUCAGUAAAGAAGUAUCAGAUUACAUGAUGUAUUUGCUGGCCAUGUGUCCUACCUUGAUUUUGCCCGACCACAGCAGGAGUUUUUGGCUUGAUCAUACUUAUGACAAGCUCAAAGAACUUUUGCGUUCUGCAACUACAUUAACAGAUGCAGCUUCCAAAUUAGUUCCAGUUCAUGAAGAAGACCUUGAAGCCACGCCUUCCGCAUUAGUUCCAGAUAAUGUUCACGAAGAAGACCUUGAAUCCAGGGAGACAACAUUCGAAGACAUCCUACAGAAAGAUGUGUCUAAACUAGCCAGACUUUUAAAGAAAUCAAAAAAUAAAUGGGAGCUCAUUAGGGAUGUCUGGAUAGAAAUGCUUGUCUAUGCAGCAAUUUCAAGUCAGCACAUUAGUCAUGUUAAGCAGUUAGGAGAAGGCAUUGAAUUCCUGUCACUCAUUUGGCUUUUUGUAGGCCUUAAUGUUGUAUUUGAUAGUGUUUCUGUUUGAAAAGCAUAUAUUUGAAAGUCUUCCAUCGGAUAAGUAGCGCAACCAACAUCUGUGGGCCUUUUGGCCUUAUGUUUCAUGUAUGAAUUGCAAUGUACAAUCUUGUUCAAGAAGCAGAAUAACGCAAUUUAGGUUGCUUUCCUAAUAAAUUUGUAUCUAGUAU